AAAGUUUAACCCUCAGAGGAAACUUGUAGAUGGGGUUGAGAAAGACGCUGCAGGACAUUAAAGCUUUAUUUGUUUCUCAGCACCAACAUGUGGGACUCUAGUUCUCACUUUGCAGCCCAGUCUUCAGCAUGGUGUGGUUCAGCAGCUGUUACUGGAUCAGGGUUUCUGUCAAACAUCAGAGCAAGACAGAGCGACCCAGGUCUGAGGAGGUGGCAGUCGAUGUAUAACUUAGCCCAUGAAAGUCCUGCAAGAUGGUCUCCUUUGUCGGGGGCUGAAUUAAGAGCUGGUGGAGCUGGACGCAGCUUUUAUCAAACAGAAGUGGAACAAUGGCUCCAGGAUGCUCACGAGCACCUGAUCACUGAGCUGGACUGGGUGAGACCCAGAGACACGAGGCUGAGCUACAACACGUCAAGGACACGAAUGCCUGACGUGAAGCAAAAGCAGGUACUAAAACCAAACUGGGAUCUUGAUGCAGCAGAUUUAUCCCCGUUUGACCACAGCCGAGAGCAGAAGGAGCUCCAAGAAAAAGUCCAAAAGCUGGAGAGUGACCUCCUGCAGAUGAGAUUGGACAAACGAAGCAACGAUUCACACAGCAGAACACAUUCAAACACGCAGGAAAACGAGACGGUCGACAAAGAGCUGAGAGAAGCCGAGGCGAGGGCCUCGACCAGGGAAGAAGAGAGAAAGAAAGUGUUGGAAGAUCUCCAGGCUUCUGAAGAGAAUCAGAGAAUGUGGGAUCAAAUAGAGGAGAUGAGCAAGAGGCUUAAGAAGAACUCUGAAGUGCAGGAAGAGCUGAGAGAAGCCAACAAUAAGCUCAGCCAAGCGUAUCUGGACAAGUCUGUUUUAUCAACACAAGUACUGAAGCUGGAGGACAACAUUAAAAAAGUAGAAAUUAAACUGACAGAAGCUCAGUCUGCCAACAAUCACCUGAUCCAGGAGAAAAACGAACUUCUCCUCAAAGUCCAGAACUUGGAGGUGCAGCUGCAAAGAACCACAGAAAACUCACAGAAAACUGAUCCUUCUGCAGACUCUGAGUCUCAGAACGAGCAGGAAACUGAGCUCAUGGAGGAUUUGAAGACUCUCAAAGAGAUCAAUAAAAAGCUGAGGAAAGAAGUCGAAGUGCUCAAGAAGAGUGUUGAUUCAUCACAAUGCGAGCUACAGGAACUGAAGGAGGAGAGAAUCACCAACUCCAAACACCUCGCAGACCUGCAGGCGGAGCGUUCGCAGCUGAUCAGAGAGAAAGAAGAGCUGCUGAGUCGAACAAACCAAGUUCUGACAGAAACGAAGGAGAAGGGCUGCCAACACAGGGCAUCUGCAGACAUGCUGGAAUCAGAAGCUCAGAAACUGCGGGGUCAGUGUGCGUCUCUGGAGGCUCAGGUCCAACAGAAGGAGGAGAUGCUGCACCUGCAGGACGAUGAGCAUCGCAGACAGGAUGAAAUGAGAGUUCGCUGCAUCGAAGAGCUCAAAGCUGAGACCUCACACUGGACCCAGAAAUGGCAAACUGUGGCUUUGAGCCUUCAGGCCACAAAGAACCAGUUAGAAGAACUGAAGAACAACUCAAUAAAUAAAAAGGAGUCUGAAAACAGAAGAACUCAGACAGUUAAGGAUGAAGGAGGUGAACCGGUGCAGACUGUGGACAGACAGACGCUCACUGACUCAUCAGAAUCAUCUCUGAUCCACCAGCACCCAUCAGAGUGUCCCCAAAACAAAUCCCUUCAGCUGCAUCAGCAGGAGUGGUUAGAAAGCAGUGAAAUUCAAAGGCUGAGACAAAAACUUGCAGAAAAAGUAAAAGAAGAUAAUGAAAGAAAACUUGCUUUAAGCAGAUUAGAAAGGUUGCGGGAGAAGGAAAAAACAGAGUCUGAAAUUAAGAUAUCUGCUCUGGAGCUCCAGCUCCAGCAAAAAGAGCCUGAAGAUUGUGGAGAAGAUGAAGGCCUGCUGGCAGAUGCUUCAGGCUCACUCAGCAUGCAACCAGAUGACAGCAGGAGGACAAGAGACGAGACCAUCCAAGAGCAUCAAACAAGACACGAAUCAGAUAAAAAUAAUAAAGGAUCAGUUGAAGGCAAGAAGGAUAAACUCAUUUGUCCAAUUAAUCCAGAGAUGGAGCUGCAGAGGAGGAUGGUCGCAGAACAGCUGAAGAGCUUGUUUAAGGAGCGAGAAGAUAAAAACCCACCAGCAGCAGCUAAAGACUGGACUCCACCAGCUGUAAGGGCAGGAGGUGACAGAAGGAGCUGGCAGCAGGGCUCAGGACUGAUGCCAGUGUUUGAGGAGGAUGAGGAAGACUGCGACUCACCAGAGGAGGAGGAAGAUGCAGCAGAAGACAGUCAGGCUGAGGUCAAACCCUGCGGUCAGAGACAAUCCACCAGUUUAUAAAUGCUUACAUUACAGAAAGUCCAUCCCAAUGAAAAGUUGAAUUAUUUUGUGUUUUUAACAGAUUCAGAUUAAAUGAUCAAAUGAAGAGAACUUUCCCCUACAUGUUCACAGAAGAGCACACAGCCCUAAUCCAAGUUUCUGCUUUAAAUAAACAACAUAACUCUGUGAAACGCAGUUUGUCCUCCAGCCAUAAUCUGAAACAUGAGCUAUUAAAUAAUCAGAUGUGAAGCUGAGAAUGAGAUUGAAGCUCUGUGAUUAAAACGGGAGAAUUUUAAUCAGAACUUUUCCUAGAAUUGUCUUCAAUCAUCAUUUUAAAUUCUCUAAAAUGUCUCACAAUAUUCCAGUUAACACAACCUCUGAAUCUGUGGUGACUGACUCCACUUUAUGUCUAUUGUCUGAAGCUGAACAAAUCCAGAAGAACUGGUCUGAAAUGGAGACACAAUUUGAAGUGACUUGUGGAAUGUUUUGUGCCAGAAUGCAGACAGAC